AUGUCCCCGUAUCAGAAAUACGGAUCGUCGAUCUGGGAAGCACCCAAGAAAUCGAAGAAACGGGGCGUGCAAUUCCCUAAAUACUCCAAGCCGCCUUCGUCUCUGACUCUCAGACCGGAGGCAUAUCCAUACCCCGGUUCCGCUCCGGUUAUGAAUGCUUCCCAGAUCACAUUUGUAAAUCCAACGCCGCCACUUUCUCCGCCACUCAAGACGCAGCUUUUGCAGAAUACCCGUGGUGCGGUGAAGGCUCUGCAAGGCAAGAAGAAUUCCGAGUCGAAGGAGGAGAAGAGGAGGGAGUUAUUGAAGGCCCAGAUUAAGUUUGUUGGACCUGUUAAUCCUCAUACUUAUGGGAGGGAUCCUUGGGUUUGA